UCCCGCUGGUCAGUACAGCCGCAGCUGCACCAUGAAAAGCAGCAAGAGAAACAAAAUACUAGAAUAAAACCAGCAGCUACCGGAACUCUUGUUGCUUUACAAAGUAUUAUCAGUGCUGUUACUGCAAAAUGGCACAAUGGAGGAAAGGUUUACUUAUACAAAAAAGGCGAUACCACAGAAUGUCACAGGCACCGUGCCAUUGGUCAAAGGUUUUGUCUCUACAGCAGUUGCUGUGAUUUGUUUUGGCAGUAAUUUUGUUCCAGUGAAGAAAAUUGAUACAGGAGAUGGUCUAUUUUUCCAGUGGAUUUUUUGUACUGCAGUGUGGGUUGUCUCACUGGUGGUCCAUCUGAUUCAGCAGUGUCCACAGUUCUGGCCUCUCACGAUGCUGGGCGGAUUUCUGUGGGCUACAGGAAAUAUCACAGUUAUUCCCAUUUUGAAAACAGUUGGGCUUGGCAUGGGAGGUUUAAUCUGGGCUACCUUUAGCCUUUUAAUGGGCUGGGCUAGUUCAAGGUUUGGCUGGUUUGGAUUGGAUGUGCAAAAAGUUCCAAGUCCUAUUCUAAACUACAUUGGAACAGCAUUAGCAGCUUUAAGCGCCGGAAUUCUGAUUUUUGUGAAAACUGAGAGUAAAGAACUGCCGCCAGAAGAAAAGUCCCCCUUAAUAGAGGACAAGGAAAUGGAAGCUCUGCAGCCUUCACCAUUAGAGGAAACUUCAACUAAACGAGGAGAUGCUUGCUGGAUUGAUAAUCUCAAUCCACUGCAAAAGAAACUGGUUGGCUGCAGUCUUGCCAUGUGUGCGGGUUUACUGUAUGGCUCUAGCUUUGUGCCAGUCCUCUACAUUAAGAAUCAUGCUGAGAGAAAUGAAACCGAGUUUUUUGGUGCAAGUCAGUUUGAUAUGGAUUAUGUUUUUGCAUACUGCAGUGGGAUUAUUCUAACCAGUACAAUCUAUUUUCUCAUAUACUGUGCAGUGAAGAAAAACAAACCAAGUGUUUAUUCAACUGCAAUAUUACCUGCUUUCUUUUCAGGACUCCUGUGGGGCAUAGCAAACAGUGCAUGGUUUCUGGCAAACUAUUUCCUUGGUGCAGUUAUCACUUUUCCUCUUGUUACUGCUGGUCCUGCCGUAAUCUCGCUAACGUGGGGAGUGUUUUACUUUAAAGAGAUCAAGGGUUUACAAAACUUCAUAAUUCUGGGUGUAGUGCUUGCAGUUGCAGUUACUGGAACAAUACUCAUAGGCUUAUCUAAAGUAGAGGGAAUCGCCUAAUGCACAUUGUGGAAAACAGAAUAGCAGAGUACCCACCGUCUCUCAGAAGGAAUAAAAACCCGUCUGUACUGUACCUGAUACAAAUUAUAAUAAAUAUUUGAUUGUAUUUUUGUGUGCAAUAUUAUGUCAUAUGUCUAAAUUGACGCAAGUAUCAUAACAUAGAUGCACUUCUAUUGAAGUGCAUUGAUUUAAAUACACUAUGUAAUCAUUAAAAAGCAGAAAUUAAUUGUAAGUAGCAUUUUAGCAGAAAAGUGUUAUUGAAAUGCUGAGACUGAUUCUUAGACUCUUACCAGGAUUCUAAUGUAUUCCCUGUACAUUUUUUUUGAGUUGGACUAUAUGCUAAUAGAAG